AUGCUCAUCCAUCGCACAGACAAGACAGAUGGACUUCUGAUCAGUGCGGCAGAACAGCUUCUUCACCUCAUCGUGGACAGAGCAGAUGUUCUCCUGGAGCUUCUUGGAGGGCUCCACCAGCUUCUCAGUGAUCUCCUGCUGCAGCUUCUGCUGAAGCUCUUUGACUCCCCUCACUGCAGUUUGCUGCUGGGAUCUGACCUGCUGCUCCACAUCAGAGCGUCUUUUCUGGAUGAAACGGAUCAGCUGAGUGAACAUCUUCCCACUGUCUUCCACUGUUUUGUCAGCAAACUUAUCGAUGGCCUUCACCUCCUGCUGGAGCAGCUCCACAUCUUGCUGUUUGUCCUAGAUUCUCUGCUGGAUUUGUUGCCGCCUCCCCUCCAGCUCUCUCUGCCUCUCAGUCCUUUCUGCUGCCGCUGA